ACCCUCUGCUACCCACAGAAGUUUGGAGCGGGGAGAACAUCCAGACCUGCACCUUUCUAAGACUCUGUUGCUAUCUGCUCUGCGCUACCUUCUGGAAACUGUAAGGAACCUCCAGUUUCUCUCACCAGAUUGGCUGUGGCUUCAUUGUCCCACCCUCUGUUUGUCAAUAAACUCUCUGCGGAGGCCAACAGCCUUGACUGUGCAGGAAGCCAGGAGCCUGCAACAAGAAGGGGCCGUAGCUGGUGGUGUGAGCAGGAUGGCAUCGAACUUCUCCAUCCCUUUCAAUGGAUCUGAAGAAAUGCCUUAUGAAUCAACUGGCUACGCUGUUCUGCGGAUACUCCCAUUGGUGGUACUCUCGGUCACCUUUGUCCUGGGUGUGCUGGGCAAUGGCUUGGUGAUCUGGGUGGCUGGAUUCCGGAUGGCGCACACAGUCACCACCAUCUGUUACCUGAACCUGGCCUUAGCUGACUUCUCCUUCACUGCCACCCUGCCUUUCCUCAUUGUCUCCAUGGCCAUGGGAGAAAAAUGGCCUUUUGGCUGGUUCCUCUGCAAGUUGAUUCACAUAGUUGUGGACAUAAACCUGUUUGGAAGUGUCUUCCUGAUUGCUCUGAUCGCUCUGGAUCGCUGUAUUUGUGUGUUGCAUCCAGUGUGGGCUCAGAACCACCGCACUGUGAGUCUGGCCAAGAAGGUCAUCAUCGGACCCUGGAUUCUUGCCCUAGUCCUUACCUUGCCAGUUUUCAUCUUCUUGACCACAGGAAGUGACGCGAACGGGAACACAUACUGUACCUUCUCUUUUGUAUCCUGGGGAGACACUAUUGAAAAGAGGCUGAAGGUGGCCAUCGCCAUGUUGACAGCUAGAGGGAUCAUCCGGUUCAUUAUUGGCUUCAGCAUGCCCAUGUCCAUGGUCGCCAUCUGCUAUGGGCUCAUCGCUGCCAAGAUUCGCAGAAAAGGCUUGAUGAAUUCCAGCCGUCCCUUUCGGGUCCUCACUGCUGUUGUGGCUUCCUUCUUCAUCUGUUGGUUCCCCUUUCAAUUGGUUGCCCUUUUAAGCACUGUGUGGCUCAAAGAGAUGUUGUUUGAGGGCAAGUACAAAGUCUUUGCCAUCCUGGUCGGCCCAGCAAGGUCCCUGGCCUUCUUCAACAGCUGUCUCAACCCAAUGCUCUAUGUCUUUGUGGGGCAGGACUUCCGAGAGAGACUGAUCCACUCCCUGCCCGCCAGUCUGGAGAGGGCCCUGAGUGAGGACUCAGCCCCGACCAGUGACACAGCCACCAAUUCUGCUGCACCUCCUGCAGAGGAGGAGCUAAAAGCAAUGUGAGGAGCUCAGGUUCAUUUCUAGUCCUGUCCUGAUCCUAUGUCUAGCUUUUUCUCUCCUUGAGUCAUGUGACUCAACAUCUACAAUUUAUCUCAUUUUAUUUGCUUUGAAUGGCAGUCAUUAUGAUUAUUUAAAUAUGAUUCUAUUGUUUUAUUUUCCUCUCAUAUCUUUGUUUAACACUGAAUUUAUAAUGGUUUUCUAAAAGGAAUGGGAACUCUCUGAGUCUAUUCUGAUAUUUUAUCUUUCAUAAAUGUUUAGAAAAAUUCACUAGUGAAGCCAACAGUAUCCUGGGUAUGUUUUUUUCUGAGAAGACUUUUAAUAACAAGUUCAAUUUCUUUAAUUCAGUUUUCUUUUUUUCCCCUUUCAGUUUUGGUAAACUGUAAUUUUUAAAGAGUUUAAUAAUCUCAUCGAAACAGUCAAAUGUAUUGGUAUGAAAAAGUGUGAGCAUGUAUAGAGCUUGAUAUGGUCUCUUUCAGAUGAUGAGAAUGUAAGCUUUACGUAGGCAGGGAUUUUGUUCAGUAUCAUUCACUGAUAGAUCCUCCUCCCCUGUGUGUGCGACAGUGACUGCUAUGUAUACUGAAUUAAUAAAUCAAUAAAUAUUUAUUGAAUUCAGGA